GGAUCGACUUCAAGAUCCGGACCGUGGACAUCGAUGGGAAGAAGAUCAAACUGCAGAUCUGGGACACGGCGGGGCAGGAGCGCUUCAAAACCAUCACCACAGCCUAUUACCGUGGAGCCGUGGGAAUCAUCCUGGUCUACGACAUCACGGACGAGAAAUCCUUCGAGAACAUCCAGAACUGGAUGAAAAGCAUCAAGGAGAACGCCUCGGCGGGGGUCGAGCGGCUCCUCCUCGGCAACAAGUGUGACAUGGAGGGGAGGAGGAAAGUGCGGCAGGAGGCGGCCGAGAAGUUGGCCAAGGAACACGGGAUUCGCUUCUUCGAGACCAGCGCCAAGUCCAGCAAGAACGUGGAGGAGGCGUUCCGGACGCUGGCCCGGGAUAUCCUGCACAAAUCCUUCCGGAAAGGCCCCCCCGGCAGCAGCAGCAGCAGCACCAAGGCCCUGCUGGAGCCCGGACCCCCCAAAAAGGCCGGCGGGAGAUGCUCCCUGGGCCCCCGCGGUCCAAGAUGGCGGCGCCGGAGACGCAGCGGGGCCGGGCCGGGUUGUCCCGGUGAUUCCCGGGGGAUCCCGGAGGGUCCCGGGGCUUCCCGGGCACUUCCCGGUGCCGCGAUGGGCCCCGCGGUGCUGCUGGCGGUGCUGAGCGCGGUGCUGGGCGCGCUGCGCCCGGCAGCGACGGCGGCGGCGGCGGCGGCGGCCAUCGAGGAGCGGCCCGCGAGCCCCGCGGUGGCCACGCCGUGCUGGCGGGAGGAGCAGUUCGUGGUGGCCCAGGAAUGUGCCCGGUGCUCCGAAUUCCAGAUGAAGACCCUCCCGGACUGUGCCCCCACCGGGUUCAUCGAGAGGAUCAACUGCCCCACGUCCCAACGGGAGGAGUUCAAGAGCUGCCGCUCGGCCGCGCUGGAGUCGCGGUGGUUCUGGCGCUUCGUGGGCUCAGCUCUGGCCGUGGCGGCGGCGGCCGCGGCGCUCGUGGUGCUCCGGCAGCGGGAGCUCGACCGCCGGGCCCGGGAGAAGGUCCGCAAGCAGAUCGAGUCCAUCUAGGCCCGGCCGGAGCCGGAGGGGCCGGGAAUCCCGCCGGGAAUCCUCUGGGAUCUGUGCUGGGAAUGUCCCCGGGGAGCAGGGGGUUCCCCCAGGGAUCCCCCCCCCGGCAAGGGGGUCCCUGGGAGCGGGAUUGGGAAUAAAUCCUGGUCCUUGUGCCCGGAGCGACGCCGUGUUUGUGCCCUGGGGGGUCCCUGUGCCCUCUCCCACUGGGAUCUGCCCCGGGAACAGCCUGGGGGUGCCAGGAUCCCACUUUUGAGGACCCAGGAGCCCACCCUUAGGGGUUCCAGGAUCCCACUAUUGGGGGUUCCAGGAUCCCACUCUUGGGGUCCCAGGAUCCCACCCUUGGGAGUUCCAGGAUCCCACUCUUGGGGUCCCAGGAUCCCACCCUUGGGAGUUCCAGGAUCCCACCCUUAGGGGUCCCAGGAUCCCACCUUUGGGGUCCCAGGAUCCCACCUUUGGGGUCCCAGGAUCCCACUAUUGGGGGUCCCAGGAGCCCAGCCUUGGGGUUCCAGGAUCCCACCCUUGGGGUGCCAGGAUCCCACCCUUGGGAGUUCCAGGAUCCCACCACUGGGAGCUCCAGGAUCCCAUCCUUGGGGACCCAGGAUCCCACUCUUGGGGGUCCCAGGAUCCCACCCUUGGGAGUUCCAGGAUCCCACCCUUGGGGUCCCAGGAUCCCACUAUUGGGGGUCCCAGGAUCCCACUCUUGGGGGUCCCAGGAUCCCACUCUUGGGGUCCCAGGAUCCCACCCUGGGAGCAGGAUGUGGAAUAAAUGCUGGUCCUUGUCACAAA